AUGGGUGGCGCUCCGGUGGCAGUCGGGUGGUGGUCCGAAGGCGGAGCCAGGGCAGCCACCGGCGAGGAAGAGCACCGACGGAGCGGUGGCGAAGCUCGGGCAGUGGAGCUGGUCGGCGGUGCUAUAGGCGAUGGCCGGGGAGCGGAGGUGGCCGCAGGGCGGAGCGGUGGCUGGGGAGCAGCGGCGGCUGGGGAGGCGAGGCUAUCGGGAAGCAACGGCCAUAGGGAGGCCGGCGGCGGCGGCAGGCCGGCAGGUGCAGCGGGUCUGGGUCAGGCGGCGACGGUGCUGCGUUGCCAUACGGCGGGCCCGGCGGCUGCAACGGCGGUGGUAGCCGGCGGGCACAGAGAGGUGCCGGCGGGGGCCGGUGGCCGGCAAGGGGCCGGAGGCCGGUGCCGGCUGGGGUCGGGCCGGAGGUGGACGGAAAGGUGUCGGCUGCAGCUGUACGGAGCCUACAGCAUGGCAGGGGCCCCACGAUACCCUGGGAUCGUGAAGGGUCACAGCCCUUCACGAGGCUCUAAAGGGAAGCAGCCACCGCAAGGGAAGGGAAGGAAAAGCACGGGAGAGCAGUCAGGAGCAAACCUUCGUGGACCAGCAGGUUGUAGUGGUCUUGUUCAGAAGCUAUUUCAGGCAGUGCUGUUUUCAUGGUCAGUUUUAGCAAUUUGUCUUCCAGCAUUUUUGGAGCUUCUUUUGGGGUGA